GUUCCUGCUGAUAUGAACACCUGGUAGACUAAGUAUGGAAAAUGGAUGAAUAACAGAGUAUGGUAUCCGCAACAAGGGAAACUUCACUCUGCUUCUUCUCCUGGUGGCAUCUUCAGAACUCCCAAGGGAAUUGUAAGUGACUCUAUCACUACUCCCUCUGGCACAAACAUUUGCCAAAUCACCAAGUGCUCUGGAUGGCCUACGAGCCACCCGUGUGCAACUUGGGGUAUCGCAGCUAUCCGCAUGGUUAGGCUGCCCAAUGCCACAGACUAUAUAUGGGUGGAUCAAAAAUCUGGACUCACCUGGUCAGGUGACAAGACCAGGCUUUAUAGCUGCCAAAAUCAGACUGCAGGCCUCCUGUACCAGCUAUUCCGCAAUCUAUUCUGUUCUCGCAGACUGACAAGAGCUCAUGGGAAAUGGAGAUGUUUAGGUAGUAACAGUGCAAGUGGUACAGAUCAUGAAAUAGUCCAGAUCCUGGGAACUACAGACUCAAUUCUAACCUUGUCUUUAAACUACACUGGUCUUUUCAUUUUAUGAGGCAACAAAGUGUAUAAAGGAUUCCCACCUAAUUGGUCAGGACGAUGCGGACUUGGAUACCUGGCUCCUUCUGUCACCAAACACUCCACCUUAAAUGCUAGCCAAAUUACAAACUUGGGUUCGUUUGUUCAUAAGAUUGUGCCACAUAAACGUGCCAGUCGAGAAAUCGUGGAAAAUCCAUUUGUGUAUCACAACUCCAAGUUCUUUUCAGCCUUGAGAGUCCUAUUCCCCAGCUUUGGAGAUUAUGAGUUGGAAAAGGCAAUAUUAAAUCUCUCUAUGGUAAUGGAGCAAGAGUUCAACACCACCAUGCAAACCUUGAACAUACUCCAGUCAGAGAUUAACAGCCUAGCAUCUGUGGUGCUCCAAAAUCAACGUGCUCUGGAUGUGCUCACUGCCCAGCAAGGAGGAACAUGUGCAAUCAUUGGAGAAAAAUGUUGCUUUUAUGUGAAUCAAACAGGUCAAGUAAUAUCU